UGGGUCCGGGGGAUGCAGCUGCUGGGUCCUUUGGACGUCGGGGUUCGCGGGCCGGAGCCGGCGGAUGGCGAACGUGCAGGUGGCCGUUCGCGUGCGGCCACUUAGCAAGAGAGAGACUGCAAAUCGGGGAAGGAUCAUCAUAGAAAUUGAGGACAAAGUGGCCAAAAUAAAGAAUUUAAAGGUGGACAGCCGACCAGAUGGCCCCGGUGGCUCAAGAGAAAAGGUUGUGGCAUUUGGCUUUGAUUACUGCUACUGGUCAGUCAACCCAGAGGAUCCUCAGUAUGCAUCCCAGGAAGUGGUGUUCCAGGAUCUGGGGACCGAGGUGCUCUCUGGAGCUGCCAAAGGCUACAAUAUCUGUCUCUUUGCUUAUGGUCAGACAGGCUCAGGAAAGACAUACACAAUGAUUGGGACCCCAGCCUCAUUGGGGUUAACACCACGAAUAUGUGAGGGUCUCUUCUCAAAGAAGGAUGACUAUUCCAACUUGCCUCCGCCCUGCAGGAUAAGAGUAAGUUUUCUUGAAAUCUACAAUGAGAGGGUACGGGAUCUGCUGAAACAGUCUGAUCAGAAAAAGCCCUAUACUUUACGGGUGAGGGAACACCCCCAAACAGGUCCUUAUGUACAAGGCUUAUCUCAGCAUGUGGUUACCAACUCUAAGCAGAUAAUUGGUCUCUUGGAAGAAGGUGUAGCAAACAGGAUCACAGCAGCUACCCAUGUUCAUGAAGCCAGCAGCAGAUCCCAUGCUAUAUUCACCAUCUACUAUACACAGGCUAUUCUGGAGAACAAUCUUUCUUCUGAAAUUGCCAGCAAAAUCAACUUGGUGGAUCUGGCAGGCAGUGAAAGGGCAGAUCCUAGCUAUUGUAAGGACCGGAUCACUGAAGGUGCCAGCAUCAACAAGUCCUUGGUGACUCUGGGCAUUGUCAUCUCUACCUUAGCCCAAAACUCCCAGAUGUUCAUCAAUUACCAGAGCCCGAAUAGCACAUCCAGUGAAGGUGGAGACAGUGGGAGCCUCAGCUCUCCCUCAGUGGCUGGCAGUAUUGGUGGAAUCCCUCGAAAGCAGUCAUACAUCCCCUAUCGGGACUCUGUGUUGACCUGGUUGCUGAAAGAUAGUCUAGGAGGCAAUUCCAAGACCAUCAUGGUGGCCACUGUGUCUCCUGCAAACUCCAGUUAUAGCGAGACCAUGAGCACGUUGAGAUAUGCUUCUAGUGCCAAAAGCAUCAUAAACAAACCACGUGUGAAUGAGGAUGCAAAUGUAAAACUAAUCAGAGAACUUCGGGAAGAAAUUGAAAGACUGAAAGGCAUGCUCCUGAGUUUUGAACUGGGGAAUUUGAGUCCCUUCAUGGAUGGAAGAAAUGGAAACCUGAAGGAGCUGGUUCUCCAUAAUGAGAUGAAAAGAGACCAGCUCUCCAAAGACUGGACCCAGAAAUGGGAUGAUUGGAAGGUUCUCAUGGAGUGUAAUGUUGACAUCAACAAGAAGAAAGCCGGGGUGAUGAUUGAUUCCAACCUGCCACACCUGAUGGUCCUGGAUGAUGAUGUGCUGAGCACUGGGGUUGUGCUGUAUCACCUCAGGGAAGGUACAACAAAAAUAGGAAGGAUUGACUCUGACCAAGAACAGGAUAUAGUCCUUCAGGGUCAAUGGAUAGAGAGAAACCAUUGUACCAUCACCAGUGUAUGUGGUGUGGUCACACUUCAGCCUGCCCUGGGAGCCCGCUGCACUGUUAAUGGCCAAGAGGUCACUGAUUCCUGUCGCCUGACACAAGGAGCUAUUAUAAUUCUGGGGGAAACACAGAAAUUCCGUUUCAUUCACCCGGCAGAGGCUGCUGCAUUAAGACAGAGGAGAUUGCUAGGAGAAGUCUCUGCUGGGAACAGCAAUUGUUCUCUGGAGUGGUUGGAUUUGGAUGGGGAUGUCACUGCCCCCCAACUGGGGAUUUCCUCUGUGCUUGAGGACAGGAGAGUGCGGGAUGUUUCUGAAGCGUACCACCAGAAGCAUCUGGACCAAGCAGUGUCCCACAGGACCCAGAUUCGCCAACAGAAACGCCUUGUCAAGGAUUUAAGGCAAGAUAUCCUAGUUGGGCAAAUCAGAGCUGAGCAGGAGCUGGAGUUUGACCAGGCCCUCAUCAACCAGCAGAUCAAAGACAAUCAGAGAUGGUUGCUCAGAGAGGAAAGCCGAUUGGCCAGUCUGCAGCAACAGCAGCAGCAGCAGCAGCAGGAGGAGGAGCAGCAGCAGCAACAGCAAGAGGAUGGUACCUCAGCUGAGGAAGACACUGAGAUCUUCCAUGAAGCGGAAUCUCAGAUUGGGCCAGAGACUCCGUCAGCUUCAUUGGAUGGGGGCCGUACGAGGCUGGUCCAGCUGCAGGUUCUCUGGAGGAAUGCUCUCUGGGCAGCAGAGCGUAAAGUCAGGCGCAAGAAAGUCAAGUUUCAGUUGGAAAAGAUUAUCAAAAAGCAGAAACUCCUGGAAGCUCAGAAAAAGCUUGAGCAGCUUGAAACGCUCAGCUGGAAAGACAAUCCAAGCCGAUUGAACCCUGAUCUGGAUGCCAACUUUUCAGCUUUUCAAAAAAAGAGCGACUCUUCCACCAGCAGCAGUUCUUUGGGUAACCACAGACUUUGUGGCCUCCCACUGUCCCCCUCACAAAGUGUUCUGAAGUGCGCAGUUUCUGCCAAGUUAUCAGCUGAGACUGUUCACCACUUACCAGAGAAGCCUCAGUCCGGGGAUUAUCUCUUUCAAGCUGCUUCUGUCCCCAGAGGAAGUAUCACCCCGCCUGAUGCCUCGGGCCCCCCGAGCCUGUGGCAGCCGUGUGAGGGGAGGAGAGCAUCUUUUGGAGAUGAUACCUCCACUGGAAGGGCUCGCCCCCUCGUGAGCUCCAAGCCUGCUCCUGCCAGGGACAGGCGGAGCCAGGAAAUGGGCAGGAGGAAGCAGCCGCUGGGGCGGCUACACCGACCCCUGGCCUCUGUGAGCCGCUCAGCAGAGCAGCUCAGAUCGAGGGAUAGGCCCGAUUCCUUCUUCCUCAGCCCCCGGAGCGUCAGGGAGAAGCCCUCCGGAAGCCACAGUCUGCCGCGGCGGAGGUGGCGAAGAGAAAGGGACCUCCUGACAAAUCGGUGCUCCCCCCACUCACAGGGAGCCAGGAGAUCGGUUGUGUAUGGAAAGAUUCAAGCGACUCGCCUGUGCCAGGCUGCCUGGGCCUUACAGCGGUGGGAGCCCGGUGCAGCAUCUUUGGCUAGAGGCUCAACAUGGCCCCGGGGACGGCUCUUUGGUGUGAAAGACAGAGACCAAGCCUUCCGCCAGAACCCCAUGAGGAGAGAAGGGGAGGAAGGGACCUGGAGUGCUGGCAUCCUGCGGGCCAUCCCUGGCUCUCUGGGAGCCCGGGCCCAGGAAAAUGACGACGACUUCUCCGACACCGACAGCACCUACUCUUUGGAUUCCCUCUCCUAUACCUAUACCAGGACCCUGAUCAAACCCCAAGAGCAGGAGGCCCCUGAGCCAAAGGCACGCUGCACCGAACUUGAGAAUUCAGAAAGCGAUGAUAGCCAGAUGUCUCAGGAUUCAUUGGUAGAAAAAAGGAAUAGAACCCCAAGAAGGCUUUUGCCUGUCUCUCCCCUUCUCCAAGGCCCUGAAAGAAGUGAGGUGAGGUCCAUGGCCUCCUCUAAGGCCUCCUUGCCUUCCUCUGGCAGUGAACUGCCCUGGGAAAAGAUGAGCACCUUUUCUCUGGACAGCCUGAACAAUGAGGAGGAGGACUUCAGGGAAGAAUCUAAGGAAGGACCUGCUUCUCACUCGUCAGAUGAGAUGCCCGCAGAGCUCUUUUGGCAAGUGAAGAGCUCUCGGUCCCUUCCAGAGUGCCAGGAGCAGGAACUUGAGUUCCAGGCUUCAGACCAAGGCCCGGGCUCAGCUGGACCUGAUGCAACAUUGAAGCCAAGUACUUCUUUUUAUCUGACUCUUCAGCCUGAGACAGAAAGGAACAACUACAGAUCCCUUCAACAGACCCAGAACCCAAGAAACAGCUCCUUGGUUUCCAUGGACUCUUGGUUCUCCUGUGAUUCAGAUAGCAAACCCAACGACCCCCAGGAAGUCAGUCUGUACUCACAGAUGAAUCUUGGUAUCCAGCAGCUGCAGGUCCGGGACAUGGAGAAGCCCGUGGUCUUGGUGGGAGUGGGGGGGGUACAGCAGCCUGCCCCUGAGCUGGCCACUGAGGUAUAUAGUUUCAGCCCCCUCCUGGGCUCAGGCCUGGUCCCCAGAACUGCCCACGAGGGGAGUGGAAAGCCUUCUCUGGAGGUACCUUCAGAGGCUCCAUGGAGAUCCCCAGGACCUUGCAAGCCUGGCUCAGACGCCGCUGGCUCCCUGCAGGCUCUUCCUGAGGAGGGGAGAGACCUAGCCAGCCUGACUGGCUACUGCAGCCCUGUCCCUUCAAACAGCACUCUCCCCUGCAGCCUGUCAGCUGCCCCUGCAGCUUUGUUGUCUCACAAAGGCAGCAUCCUUGGAAAGGGCAGGCCUGUUGUUGAAUAUUUGUGUGAAUUUUCUCACUCUUCCCUGGGGGCCACAGUGAGAAGCACACAGGUUUCUAGUUCCUCUCAGAAGGACACAAGUUACCUGCCUUUUACAUCUGGCAAAAAAUGGGAUUCCUUCUUCCCUGUGUGUCCCAAGAUGCCUGGUGAUUUUGAUUUCAAUGAUGCUUCCUCCUCUUUGCCAUCCACGAGGCAGCUGAGGACAGAGCAAGAACGAAAUGGUGGGAGCUUGGAGUUGGACGAUCUCUCGACUCUCUUUAGAACGAUUGAAAAAGAUGCUCAUCAUAGCUGUCCCUCAGCAGACUUAGAAGCAGGAGAUCCGGGAUUAGAAAAUGCUUGGGUCUUUGCAGCGGAAAACAAGGUUUCAGCUUCCGGGGCACAGGCCCACCCAGCGCACCAGGGCAUCCCCAAGCAGUCAUCACCUGUGGCCUGUCGGAGAGCGGGGUCGGCAGUCCCCUUCGAUGAGAGCUUUUUCCUGAGGGACAUAUCCAACAGCAACAGUCCCAUGAACGCCAAGGAAGAACAGAGUCCCCCGGCCUGGGCCCAGCGGGAGGAGAAUCUGCCCAGCAGGCUGGUUCCACUAAAGCUCAACAACCCCCUCUCUCAGCCAGCCAUGAAGACCGAGCUCCUGCAGAACACCAGUGAACAAAUCGACAGAGAAAGGAGUUUUUCUUUGGCCUUAACUACCGAUUCUGAGCCAUCCUGGGACUUUUUCCCAUCUCCUGAGCGGCUCCAUCCUGUGGAAACAUUUUAUAUGUUAGAAAGUAGAGACGCCUUGACAGAAACAGCCUUGGAGAUCCCCGCGUGCAGAGAGUGGGGCGAGGACAUGCCAUCCGCCAGCAGGGCAGAGGAGCUGAACAAUACCUUUCAGUUUUUCAGAACUGUGGACAGCGACUUGCUGCUUUUGUUACACACCCCAAAGGCUAAGAAUCCUUCUUCUCAGCAAGUUGCGGGGGAGAGGUCCUUCAGCCCAGGCAACAAGAAAGACCUGACUGGAACUGGGGUCCCCCAAAGUAUGGAAAAGUUCAGCAAUCCCUUCGCUUUCUCUGCUGCUCAGAAUAGACUGUUGUUGGAGAGCAUUAGCAUGGCAGCAUGUCAUUUGGGAAAACCGGGUGGGAUUUUAAAUAACAAGCACCCACAGUCAACGUUAAAGAUAAAGGAAGAAGACCCAGAUCAGCCCCCUUGGGGUGUUCCAUUUAGUGAUUCUGGGGCUGUUAUCUCAAGUAUCGAAGGAGAUCACAAACAUAGGGAGAGUGAAAAUGACAUCCGAGGGAAUCGGGGCGGCUACCUCCUGGGAAUUGGUGCAGCUGAUUUUGAAGGUCAGAUCCAUUCUGGACCCAAUUCCAAUUUCCUUUACAAAACAGACAGCUCGAACCAAGCUCAGCAUAGAGUCAAUAUGCAGGAGAAUGCUUUGAUUUCUAAAAAGCGCAGCUCAUCAAAUCACUCUGAGUGUACAAGUCCAGCGAUAAUGUCUAAGGAUGAAACCUCGCCGCACCCGAAGGAAGGAACGGAAUCUGUUUCUCUUGGAAUGGCUUUGCAUCCCAAGGAUUGCUCAGAGGAGUCCGUGACUCAGAGAAGAGACCCCCCUUAUGGAAAAGACUCUGCUUCAAACCCAACUCUGUCCACCAAGGAAGAAGGCACUAUUGCAAACAAAGAACCUGAGAACUUAAUGGUGAUACCCAGUUCCCAAGGAGAUGGGCCUCAAAAGAGAAGUCAGACUUCCUCUCAGGGUAAAAUUGUUAAUCAUUCUGAAGAAAUGGCCAGGCUGAUUAGCAGUGUGUCCCAGCUGGAAAGCAGCAUCAUGGAAAUAGAUUCUAGGCAAAAAUAUCACCCUUGUGCCUUGUAUAUGGCAGAAGCUUACAGGAGAGCCAUGUGUAGGGAUAGGAAGGACCAUGGAAAGGCCCAUCUAACUCUGAGACCAAAUGACUUCAGAGAGAUCCUCUAUCACAGAGAUCAGCCCCAUUCUCCAAAGAAAGUACAGGAGGAAGAAGUCCCUAAUAGCAUCGAAGCCAGAGAAAUCAAGAAGGUCAACAAUUGUAUUCAAGAGAGUUAUCAGACCCAGAAAAUCACACCAAAUUUGACCAGGCCCACUGAAGUCACUGAAGAGGGCAAGACUGAAAGAGAGCAUACUCCCUUAUCUGUACCUGAACUGUCGGUUAGGUGCCCUAGCGAUUAUUUGUUCCUACGGUUUUCACAGAGAUGCACCGCUCAGAAAAAGUCAGCUAGUGCUCCAGAAAGUCCAGAGGGAGUGGAGCCAUUGGUCAGAACUGAACCCACAAGAGCCAAGGAAGAAAGAUCAGAGGGAAGCCGCAAUGAGGAAUCUGCUUCAGAACUGAACCCCCAAAGUCAUGCCACUUUGGGGACAGGGAGUUUUCCAAAAUUGGAGCCCAAGCCCACUUUCCAGGAAAAUCAGACUGCUGGAAAUCUAACCAGUACUGUGAUGACAGCUAAGUGCAAAGAAGUAAGAGUCCAUGACAUAGAUCAAGAAACAAAUAUCCUACGGGGAAAGAGCAUGCAAGCAGGAACCUAUCCAGCUCCAUUGACCCAGGGGUUAUCUGGCGUAAGCCAAAUCCUGCAUACAGGUAGAUACCGCACUCAGGAGACAGCACAUCCACGGCCAAGUCAAGAAGGCUACCCAGCGGUUUCCACUAAGGAAGGCAACAUCUUUUUCUCCGAUCCCCCAAAACUGUCAGAAAAGUAUUUCAGGUCAACAAUGAAGGCAGUGAGCCUUUCUUCUGCUGCCUCUGAGCCAGAUCUAGAGUUUCUGAAAACUCAAGCUCCAACUCCCUCAGAAGGCAGAGAAGAACAGCAAAAAAUAAACGGAGAAGCGAGAAACCACAGCUCUCUCAGAAGCAUCAGCUGCAAAAACUCCUUUGUAGAACAAUCAGUUUGGCAGAGCUUUAGUUUGAGGACGGUGUCUGGCCUUUGUUAUCAGCCCAAUGGUGCUGGGAGCAGCCCUGGUGAAGCUUCAAAUGACAGCUACUCCAUGGAAGAGAUGAAAGCCUCAGCUACUGCUGUGCUUCUAGAACAGCAGCGAGAAGACACCAGAAUCACCCCUAGAGAUUUGAACUUGGGAAAUUCAUCUCUCACUGAGGCAGAGUUGACCUUGUUAAGAAACAUAAAAAGAGCCAGUUCACUUAUCCAAUCUCCACUGGAGAAGAGGACCAGUCAUCAGUGGGCAGAUAGAGAACUCCAAAUACCUCAGGCUGUAGAGAAAAAGCUGUGGAGGACAGAAGAUUUUGCCAUGGAUCUCAGUACCACCAGUGCCUCUUUGUCAGCGACUAAUGAGGGAAAACGGGGUUCCUCAUUAGGAGCUUGGGGGGUCACUGUUGCCCCAUCCAUGUAUCCAAAAAUGAAUGUAGAGACCACAGUGGAGGACACUAAACUAUCACAAGAGUGUGAGGAGUCUUCACAGGACAGUGCCAAUGAACAGAUUAUCAUGCCUAAAUUGACAAGGGACUCAUCAAGAUUUUGGGGGGCCUCCACUAUCCCAUCCAUGUAUCCAGAAAUGAAUGUAGAGACCACAGUGGAGAACAAUAAACUAUCAGAGGAAUGUGAGAAGUCUUCAAAGGAUAGCACCAAUGAUCAGAUUAUCUCACCUGAAUUGACCAAGGUCUCAUCAGGAUUUUGGAGGGCCUCUGCUACCCCAUCCAUGUAUCCAAAAAUGAAGAUAGAGACUACAGUAGAGAACAAUAAACUAUCAGAGGAAUGUGAGAAGUCUUCAAAGGAUAGUACCAAUGAUCAGAUUAUCUCACCGGAAUUGACCAAGGUCUCAUCAGGGUUUUGGGGGGUCUCUGCUACUCCAUCCACAUGUCCAAAAAUGAAGGUAGAGACCACAGUGGACAAAAAUAAACUAUCAGAAGAAUGUGAGAAGUCAUCAAAAAAUAGCAUCGAUGAGCAGAUUAUUGCACCUGAAUUGACCAGGAUCUCAUCAGGAUUUUGGAGGUCCUCUACUACCCCAUCCAUGUAUCCAAAAAUGAAGGUAGAGACCACACUGGCGAACAACAUACUAUCUGAGGAAUGUGAGAAGUCUUCAAAGGACAGCAUCAAUGAGCAGAUCAUCGCAUCUAAAUUGACCAGGGUCUCAUCAGGAUUUUGGGGGGCCUCUGCUACCCCAUCCAUGUAUCCAAAAAUGAAGGUAGAGACCACAGUGGAGAACGACAUUCUAUCAGAGGAAUGUGAAAUGUCUUCAAGGGACAGCUUCAACGAGCAGAUUAUCUCAUCUGAAUUGACCAGGGUCUCAUCAGGAUUUUGGGGGACCUCUGCUACCCCAUCCAUGUAUCCAAAAAUGAAGGUAGAGACCCCAGUGGAGAACAACAUUCUAUCAGAGGAAUGUGAAAUGUCUUCAAGGGACAGCUUCAACGAGCAGAUUAUCUCAUCUGAAUUGACCAGGGUCUCAUCAGGGUUUUGGGGGGCCCCUGCUAACCCAACCAUGCAUCCAAAAAUGAAUGUAGAGAACACUAUGGAGAAUAAUAAACUUUCAGAGGAGUGUAAGAAGUGUUCAAAGGACAAUGCAGAUGAGCAGAUUAUCGCGCCUGAAUUGACCAGAAUCUCAUCAGGGUUUUGGGCAGCCUCUACUACCCCAUCCGUGUAUCCAAAAAUGAAUGUAGAAAUUACCGUAGAGAAUAAGUUGUCACAGGAAUGUGGAAAGUCUUCACAGGACAAUACUAAUGAACAGAUUAUUGUACCUAAACUGACAGGACUCUCAUCAGGAUUUUGGGGGGCCUCUGCUACCCCACCCAUGUAUCCAAAAAUGAAUGUAGAGACCACAGUGGAGAAUAAUAAACUAUCAUCAGAGGAGUGUGAGAAGUGUUCAAAAGACAACACAGAUGAGCAGAUUAUUGUUUCUAAACUGACUGGGAUCUCAUCAGGAUUUUGGGGGGCUGCUAUGACCCCAAAAAUGAAUUUAGAGACCACCAUAGAGGAUAAUAAACUAUCAGAGGAGUAUAAGAAGUGUUCAAAGGGCAGCACUGAUAAGCAGGUUAUUGUGUCUGAAUUGACCAAGGUCUUAUCAGCAUUUUGGGAGAACUCUGAUCCCCCAUCCAUAUGUUCAAAAAUGAAUGUAGAGACCACAGUGGAGGAUAAUAAACUAUCAUCAGAGGAGUGUAAGAAGCGUUCCAAGGACAGCACAGAUGAGCAGAUUAUCAUGCCUGAAUUGAUCAGGGUCUCAUCAGGGUUUUGGGGGGCCUCUGCUACCCCAUCCAUGUAUCCAGAAGCAAAUAAAGAGACCAUAGUGGACGACACUGGACUAUCAGAAGAAUGUGAGAAGAGUUCAAAGGACAGUACCGAUGAACAGAUUAUUAUGCCUGAAUUGACCAGGACCUCCUCAGAGUUUUGGGGGGCUUCAGCUACCCCAUCCGUGCAUUCAAAAAUGAAGGUAGAGACCACAAUGGACAGUAAUAAACUAUCAGAGGAGUGUAAGAAGAGUUCAAAGGAUGACACAGAUGAGCAGAUUAUUGUACCUAAACUGGCAGGGGUCUUAUCAGGAUUCUGGGGGGCUUCUGCUACUCCAUCCAUGUGUCCAAAAAUGAAUGUAGAGACCACAGUGGAGAAUACUAAAUUACCAUCAGAGGAGAGUAAGAAGCAUUCAAAGGACAACGCAGAUGAACAGAUCAUCGUGCCUAAACUGACAGGGAUCUCAUCAGAACUUUGGGGGGCCUCUGCUACCCCAUCUGUGUAUUCAAAAAUGAAGGUAGAAACCACAGCGGAGAAUAAUAAACUCUCAGAAGAGUGUAAGAAGUGUUCAGAAGACAGCACAGAUGAGCAGAUUAUCAUGCCUGAACUGACCAGGGUCUCAUCAGGAUUUUGGGGGGCCUCUGCUACCCCAUCUGUGUAUCCAAAAAUGAAUGUAGAGACUACAGGGGAGAAUAAUUUAUCAGAGGAAUGUAGGAAGUGCUCAAAGGACAGCAGUGAUAAACAAAUUAUCAUGUCUCAUAGUGAAUCUCUACUAGAGCUUGAAGCCCUUUCUGGGAGCCCUAAGCAGCCUCACUACAACCAGAGAGACCAGCUGGAAUUAGCUAGGACCCACAGGGAAGAUGAGUCACAAGUAUAUUUUGUACAAAAUCAAGCUGCAAGAAGACAUCUCCAGGAGGCAUCUCCAGGGACUGCAUCAGGCAAGCAUCCCGAUCAGAAUUACCCUCUGGCAAAGCUAUAUGAGACCGAGAGUCUCCAGCUAAUGAAAGAUGGUGCUGCUCCCAGCAGAGGACCAGAGCAUGCCUUGCCACUGUCCUUCAGCACCAUGGCUAACCCAGGCAGCAAUGUGCAGACAGCAGGUGAGAAGCCCACUGGGCACUUGGGUCCCCAAGCCCUCCUUGAAAGCCCAGACAGGAAGGAAGAGAUGAUUAAUUCAUCUUCUGUUGUAGUUCUGGCUUCAGGAAACAUGCUUUCCCCCUCAGCCUUGGAAGACAACUGCGAGGAGUCAGUAAGGCUUGCACCUUCUUUCCAUGGAAUCUCCAACAACAUUAGAUUAAUUCAGCAGGAACUGAGCCAGGCCUUGCUUUGUAAACAGAUUGAGGCACAUUCGGAAGUGGAAAGAACUAGUCUCGGGAGCAAGGAGAGCAUCCAGAGGCUUUGGGAAGAGUUCAGAUCCCAAAAUACAGCAUAUGGGAACUUAAGCGGUGGAGACUCUUCAGAGGCAGUGGUGGAUCCCCAGACCCACUUGGUGGCUUCCAUGCAGUCCCCCUGGAAAGAUGCCCCUCUCCAGGCAGGAUCUGCAAUGUCAGCAGUUGAAAUGUCUUAUGCAGUGGUGGAUUCCACUACCCCGGGGCCUGUUUUUGCAUCUCAAGGAAGCUUUCACAUCAGAAAGCAGCCAAUCAUCUCCUGUGAAGCAGAGACAAUUGAGACUGAAGAUCCCUCAUACUUGGACAGUCCUUUGGCAGCCUCGGACAUCAAACAAUCAAGGAGUCUUCCUGCUCAUCCAAGAUGUGUCCCUUCUCCGGGAUUAGGAGAAAGGAGGGCAAGUCACAAACAAGAGCCAGCAGGGUCUGGAACAGUAGAGGGAGGCAGUACAGGGGGUGCCUUGCCCCAGUACCCAAAGUUGAAAGGGGUUGCCCUGUCAGGGCAGUCUUUAGCCUAUGGUGUGGGUAACAGAUGUCCAAGACCAGCACCCCUCCUUGAUCAGAGACUUGUUGGAGAGAUGGAGGAGAGCUCGGAAGGGAGCCUGGUUCAAAGUAAAGCGGAGGUUUCUAAAAGCACCAUUAUGUUUCGCCCAUUAGCAUCCCAGAGAGAGGCUGUGACUUCUCCUUCCAGGCCACCGUGCAUGUCUCUACAAGGGGAUGCUUUUAUUGAUUCACCUUCUUUUACCAAUUCUCUGUCUCAUGGAAAUAAUGAUCCUGAGAAACGGAUUUCCCGGUCUUCUUCAGACACGAUGCUUCCAGUUUUCCUGACAUCUUCCAAGCUCACCGUAGGCCACCAGUCCAGAGGGCCCAAUAUACCUUUGGCACAUAGCCUGGAUCUCAGAGAAAGACAGCAAGAACUGAGACUGGCAGCUUCCAACACUAGUUUAUGCGGUAUAGAGAGCCCUGGGAGUGAAGACAUUAAGAAGAAAGCUGCUUUCAAGCCUGAAACUACUUCUUUAUCUUCCCAGACCUAUUCUGAGAAGUUAGAGAAUCUCCAGGAGGAGCACGAAGCUAGUCAGAAUGAAUGGGAAUUCCUUCCUGGAGCUGAGGAACCUGGGAACCAUGUUAAAAUUGGGAGACUGGAAGCAAUGCAUGUAAGUGAAGACAUUUUUGAGAAUGAACCUACAAUGGGGUUUCCACAUCUUGCCCAAGGACCAUCAUUUCCUAAGGAUUCCAGAGAUCACAGCACUCCUAUUCCCUACCCUAGGACAAAAAUGGGUAAAAAAUGUAUCUUCAGCAACGUUUCAGGCAAUCUGUGGAAGACAGAUGAGAACGAACAGCUCUCCAACAAUGUUGGCAACACAAUGUGGGAUAGAAACCAUCACCAUUUAGGAACCAGUGGCCGAGUCAGUCCUCAGGGGCCCAGAGGUAGCCCGAGAACUGAUGGAAAGGUAUCAACGCCUGAAAGACUAUUGAAGACAAACAAUGGCCCUUUUGACGAUGAAGAACCUUGUCUUCUGUCAGAGGGCUCACAGGAUGAUCUGGACACUGGCUCUCACGACAGAGACUUGGCUCCCUGUGUUGCUUUUUCCUGUAGUCCUGGGCAUUCUCCAAAAGACUUCUCCCCACUGAAGGCCUCUGUAGGGACUUCCUCCAAGUUUCCACAGGAACUGAACAUGAGCGUGGAGCCUCCUUCUCCCACAGAAGAUGAGGAGAGUCGUGGGACCGAGAGGCUCUACCUCAAUGACCUUUCUCCAGAUGAAUCUGAAAUGAUGUUGGUGGAACUGGGGAGAUGUCCAAGACCUGCGGAUCGUGGCCAGACAGCUCCACCAGAUUAUGGCCUAGAAGCCUCCGGCCUACGGUCCCCAGCACCUGGCAGUCCUCCCUACCCUACCUCUUCCACACUCCUGACUAUGCCGGUCCCAGAAGGCAGACUAGCAGACGUUCUGGAGGAGGAGCAGCAUGACCCCCUCAGGAACAAAGGCUGGCUGACACUGGAGAACAUGGAUGUGACGCAGGGCACGUCUGCCAAAAUAAAUCCCUUCGUUCAAUCCUGGCAUCAGGAGGGGCCUGGGAGGAUUGGCUGGAAGCAAUACGUGCUUGGCAGUGCCAGUGACACCUCUUGCAACCAGAUUUCAUGGAGUCUGGACACCCAGAGAGCCGUUCGUUGCUCCAGUGUAGACAAUGGCCUGGAUACUUCAAGCUCUCCCUACCAUUCUCAGCUCAGCUCCAGUGCUAACCCCCAUGAACUGUCCAGCCCCAGUAGCAUUGAGGAUCCUCGGGGCUUAGAAGAAGAAAGGAAGAGCUUCAAGACUUCUUCUGUUGUCAGGAGCCACCAUGGCUUCUCUGAUACAUCCCUCACAGUGCCCUCCUCUGGGAUCCCAGACAAGGUGGGGGAGGGCCUGCCUGAAGAUGAGUGCACGCUAUUCGAGCAGAGGGAAGUCUCAGGGAAGAUGGGGGACCUCGCGCUGCUGUACCCCACCGAGUCCUCGCCAAAGGCUGACACAGCUACCUGUGAACAGGGGACGAUGACCCUGACCUCGACUCAGCUGCAGCAGGUUCACAUGCACUGCCAGGUCUGUGUAGAUGCCCCUCACCCCUCCCACCCAGCUACAUGGAAGAGCAUGCACAACCUGUCGAUGCAUCUUUCCCAGCUCUUACACAACACCUCAGAGCUGCUAGGGAACCUCAGCCAUCAGGGGACCCCUGAGAGAGAGCGGGGCAUUAAGGCUGAGGCCCCUGAAGAGCCCCCCAAGGCAAUGACAAUGGACAGCAGCACUCAGACCACUGUGGAUGUGGGCAUCCAGACCGAUGAGAUGGACCCAGCCCCACAGGAUGUCUCCCUCCAUUCCUCUGGGGACCAGUUAGCCAGUCCUCAGGAAGCAAAUGUGACCACCUUAAAACAUAGCUCGCUGGAUGGAAUGGAUGCUUUGGAUACUCCACAGGAGUUGGAACACUCCCUGGUGCUUCAGGAGAAGGUGGACCACCCCCUGGUGCUUCAGGAGGAGAAUAAAGGCACAGUUGAGACAAAAGAGACUUCUUCCAGCUCCGGUAGCCAGAAGGAGUCCAGCUUCUCCCCGGACUCCCUGGACACAUCCCAUCGUAACCUCAGUUUUCAGGAACACUCCUUUUCCCAGGAAGUGGUAAGGCUCCAAGCUUCUUCAGCUACCUCCCCCUCCUCCAGUUCCCACAAGCUUGGGUCCUCCUGCACGGCAGUCCCCAACACAACUUCAUGCACUGCAUCCUCUCUCAGAGAUUCAUCUUCUCAGGAGGGAGAAUCCACUUGUGAAUCCAGUACCCAGAACAACAAGAAAGCAGGUUACAAGAACACCUUGUUGGUGGACAGGGCUUCCUCUCCGAUCCUAACUUUCAGCGCCAGCGCUCAAGGCCCUCAUUCCUCCUCCUCGUCCACCUCUUCCUCCUCUUCCUCCUCCUCUUCCUCCUCCAACCCUCCUUGUCUCGGGUCUUCUCACUUUCAUUCCACCAUACUCCAUCAGAAGCUCAGAGCUAGCCGGGUGUCCUCAGCGCACAGUUUUUCCCAAGCCAACAAUGAAGGGGAGACCGGGAAUAUUUCUGAAGAUAGUGGGAAGUCCAUGGGAAAGAAGCUGAACAAAGGAUUUCUUGCCUCUAACCCGACUGGAACCCUGAAGCCGUCCAGCCUGUGGCUUCAUGGAAGCUCGUCUUCCACGUCCACGGGACUCUUGAGUUCCCCACAGCAGUUACAGGUUCGGGCUUCCUUGGGGCUGCUGGGCUGGGAAGAACAACUAGCUGGUGAAAAGAAAAAGAAGCAUUCCUGGGAGAGACCUCUGUAUCUGUCCCUGCCCACGACGGGGUUGAGCCCCACUGAAGGCCAGUCAGAGGCCUCACCCACCAGUAGCUUUGUGGCAGAGGGGGCUGCGGAGGGGACCAACCCUGUAUCAGUUCAGCUAGCCAGCCCGAGUACAAGUUGGUGUCAGAAACGGACCGGCACUGGCGCUGACACCUCCGAGCAGCUCCUGAAGUCCCCUCUGCCUUCAGAGACUCCCUUCUUGGGGAGGGUUGUGAACCAUUGCCAUGGCCCUUCCUCCAUUUCUGAAAUCAGUGUGGCUCCAGGGCAUGGCAGCAUAGCCAGGGACACCCAGUCGGAGGUGCUGCUGACCUCCUGCACCCAGAAAGUCCAGACCGCUGACCCCAAGAAAUACAACCUGAAGGACCUCCCUGUCCACAAUAAGUUCAGUAAUUGGUGUGGGGUUCAGGGAAGCUCCCCACAGGGCACUGUGCCAGCGGAAGCAGCAGUGAAUGCUGCUAACUCUUCCUCGGAGGGGCUACAGGAGAAGUCGGCCCAGCUCAGUAAGCAUCUGAGCCAAAUGCCUGAGCAGCUCCAGAGGGAACAAGUACAGGUGCUGGCUGGGGUCCCGUUGGAGCUGGGGCCACAGACCCCACCCCUUAGCGUGGAGCUGGCCGAAGCCAAGCUUCUCUAUGGUCUCGGAGAGACCGACGCUCUGCUGAGGGUGAUGCAGAGUGGGACUGGUGAGGCGCUGGCUCCUGACGCCCCGAGAAGCUCACAGAAGGAAGAAAUGUACUUCCGGCGUUUGAAGACCAUUGAGGUGAUGCGGAGAGAGCGCUCAGAUCGGCUCCAGAACUUCCGUCGGGCCCGCAGCCUCAGCCCUAUGAAGCAGCUUGGCCUCCUGCCCACCCCAGAAGUGUUCCCCCGAGAUGCCGAUCUGCCCAGUCGGCGGCGAGAAUACCUGCAACAGCUUCGAAAGGACGUUGUGGAGACCACCAGGAACCUGGAGUCUGCCUCAGACACUGCGAGCCACCAGCCCUCUGACAUAGAGGUGCUGCUCCGAGACUACCAGCGGGCCAGGGAAGAGACCAAGAUGGAGAUUGCCCGCGCACGAGACCGGCUGCGGGAACGAGCCGAGCAGGAGAAGCAGCGCAUCCGCCAGCAGAUAGUGUCCCAGCUGCAACGGGAAGAAGCAAAACUGCAAACCCUAGUCAGCGUGAGCACCCUGUGCACCACCAGCUCCAUGGACAGUCGCUCCUCCAGCCCCACCUCCGGCUAUGACAGCAGCAACCUCACCUUGGCCAGCCAGAGCCAGCCUCCAGAGAAGCAGGGGAAUGCUAACAUACCUUGCUUCAAAGAGACCACUGGAGGGGACCUGCGGGGCCGCUCUGCAGUGAGAAACUAUCAGCUCUACCUAAACAGGCCUGCCCAGAAGAACUUGGGUCACCAGCUUCGAGGCAAAAGCCACCGAGCCUCCUUUGAUCGGCCCCACAAGUCCCUACUCAGUCAGUCAAACUCAGACAGCUGCCUCUCGACCUCCCCGGGCAUCCUGUACCAUGACUUGGUCAAGCACAUCCUGACCAGUACGAUGGCUGAAGUGAUGGCUGCCUGUUCCGACAACCUGCAAAAUCUCUUCAGCUGCCAGGCCACUGCAGGCUGGAAGUACCAGGGUGAAGAAAAGGAUGUGCUGACAUACUAUAAGGGAUUUCCCUCCGCCACUCGGCAUGGUUUCCUGGGGGCCGGGGUGGUGCCUCAGCCGUUACCUCGAGUCUGGGCAGCUGUGAGGGACCCUACCACAUGGACCCUGUAUGACAAGUCCAUCCAGACUGCCCAGCUGUACCAGAAGGUGACCAACACCAUUAAAUUGGUGUACCUGGUCAGCAGUACCUCCAUCAACUGCCUGAAGCAACCCCGGGAUUUCUGCUGUGUCAGCGCUGAGGCGAAGGAGGGCCACCUGACCAUCAUGGUAGCUCAGUCGGUGUAUGACAAGUCAAUGCCGCGGCCCAGUGGAAACAUGAUCCGUGGGGAGAUCUUGCCCAGUGCCUGGCUCCUGCAGCCUCACACCGUGGACGGGAAAGAGGUCACCAAAGUCAUUCACAUGGUCCAGGUGGAACUGGGGGCUCCGGGCCUUCCCCCUGGGCUGCUGACUCACUGUGCCAAGCAGCAGCCAUUGGUGAUAGCAAACCUGGCUUCCUUUCUUUGUGGCUAACACCAGACUCACAGAGGUGCUUCUACUGAGAGACAGGCCCAUCAGGUGGCCGUGGAAAGACCCUGUAUAGCAGAUUUAUGGCGGAGCUUAUUGCAACAUGGAGAAUGGGGCAACAGCGACAGUGGGAUGAGGUAGCCAGCAGCUCAGUUCAGAGCUGCUGGCAAAUAAACAUGUUGCCACAUGUGGCCCCACUGCAAAAUGAGGGGGCCUGAACCUCUUGGCCCUGGCCAUGCAGUGAAGGCGUCACUUUUUCAGACCUAGUUACCUCGGCGUCAGUGCCCCAAUCCUAUUUUGAGCCCCAUAAAUAGUCCCAUCUCUGCCCCUCUUCUCCUGGAUCCCCUCCACCCCCAGCCACUCUUGUGUUUGGUUUUUGGACCAGGGUUGGGAGAACUCACUAAAAGGGUAGGGAAGGGUGGGCUCUUCCUAGUGAGGUGGUGUUCAUGUGUUCCAGGGGAGCAGGCAUUGGCCUCCAAGGCCCCACUUUAAACCUGCUUCCUACAGUAAAGAGGACGACUAGAAGGGAUGGGGGGGGGGGGGGGGGGGAGGGAAGGCCCUGAGAAACAAGACAGAUACGUUCUCACCACCAGGAAGGCAGUUCCUAAACUUUUCCUCCAGUCUUAGCCAUCCAGAGAUUAGUUCCUCUCCUUUCAACCUUCCUCCCCUCCCUUUCUUCAUAGGAGAUGAGUGGCCCGUUUCCUAGGUUCUGCCUGUUUGUUUUGGGUAAUAGGAUCAGUGCCAGGGGAAGGAACUUGU